UGGGCAACAAUCCAUCAUCCCUCCUACUUCCUCCCUCUCUAUCCCUUUCCUCUCCCAGAGAUCAAAGAUGAUGUUCGCAAGGGUUGUCGCUCUCGCUUGCCUGGCGCUUGGCGCGGACGCUUUCUUCAUGGGCACACCGCUGCGGACAUCCGCAGGCGUGGGCUCUAGCCGAGCGGCCACGACGAUGAAGGUCCCCACAGACCACCCCGAGAUCGAGGUCCCAAAGGCAGCUGCCCUGAAGGCAACGAAGGAGUUCGGCGCCACCUCCCCCGAGGCACGCCUGGCGUGGGACACGUACGAGGAGGUGGCGGCCGCCGACAACACGAUCGCCACACGGGCCACCCUUGACGAGGACUGCGAUGUGACAAACGAGAACGUGUGCGAGGAGUACCAGGACCAGAUGAAGGAGUUGGAGGAGAUUUUGGCUGCGGGUCCCGCGGCGAUGAACAUCAGCGUCGAGCAGCUCGCCAAGCAGAACAUGAUCCUCAUCGAGGAGAACAGCCGCCUGAAGGCCAGCCUCAGCACCUACAAGAAGUAGAGUACUCGAUGACCCCUGAAGGUUGUUGCGCGCGAGCGUGCUCAGGACCGUCUGGGCUCGUUUCAAGAGAGAGAGGGAAUAGACGCCAGCACGCACUCCGUUUUCCCUCGCGGGUGAACUGACAGAAGAAGUGGCGAGGCUCUCGUGAUUAAUCUUUUCGCGUUGUGGUCUGUUUUUUUUUUAUUGUUGACUUUUUUUUCACUCACAUGGCCGUUGUUGUUUAGUUUCUCGCGGAAGAACGGCCGUGCUGCUGCACCGGUGCGUUGUAGCAAACGAAGCAAAUGCUUCUGGGUAUUGCUUUCCUUGUCUAGGGAGAGCGUCCCGCGAUUAGGUUGAGGUACGUUGGCGUCGCAUGGACCAAGGGAAAUGAUUGGUCACGGCUCUGGCGUAUUUGCGAUCGUUUGGGGGUUUGGAAGCCAUAGAGGGAGGAUUGUAACGCUUGGACGCUUCUGGCAGCAUGGCACCCGAUGGCUGCCUGCCGGGAAGCAGCAACGUGCCCCGCUGUUACCAUUAUUCAUGCGACUGAGCUGCGGUUUAUUUCUGGUUUGCGUCCUUUUUCACGGCCAUUUGUUUCUCCGCUGGGAAAAAUCUCACCUGUUUGUGUGAUGACGUGACCAGACAAACCAAUUCUUGGCAGCAUGCACAUCAUGCCACAUCGUACAUAAAAGAAUACUCCAUUCUUGAGGGCAAAGUGGUCGGUAACCCUUCCUCGCAGUCUAGGGGUUUGUGCUCCCCUUUCCCACGUCAGUCACGCCACACUUACGGGAAAACAACACGUGGUUUGUACAAUCGUGCAAAAGACCGAAUUUUGUCGAUGGCAAUUU